AUGUUGAGGUUUGGGUAUAAGCAAAGCAAUGCAGAUUAUACCAUGUUUGUCAAACACAAUGCACAUAAGGUAACUGUCCUUAUUGUAUAUAUGGAUAAUAUAGUUGUGACAGGCAAUGAUGAGGAGGAUGUGACACAUCUGAAGAUACAGUUGGCCAAGGAGUUUGAGAUCAAAGAUCUUGGCCCAUUGAGGAAGUACAUUCUGGAUCUUCUUGCAGAAACAGGCAUGUUAGGCUGUAAACCAGCUGAUUCACCUAUUGAGGUUAACCAUCAUCUUUGCAAUGUUGUUGGUAACUCGGUGGAGAAGAAAAGGUACCAAAGACUUGUGGGACGACUCAUAUAUGUAUCCCACACUCAGUCGGAUAUUGCUUAUGCAGCUAGCGUUUUGGAGGCAUUUACUGAUGCUGAUUGGGCAGGUUCUGUAGAUAACAGGUCUAUAUAA